AUGUCGGUAUCUAGCGAGGCCUCCCUUAAACCCAACAAGCCUCUGAACGACUCUCUUUAUCUUUUCAGCUGUCGCACGUCCUUCGAUCCCCUUGCUGACGAGUCCCCUAGGCUCUUGACCAAUGCCCUUGUAAACAUCUAUGUCGGCGAAGAGAACACGCACUGGAUUUUGCACGAGCGCCUGCUGUGCUACCACUCCCCCUUCUUCCGCCGCCUCUUCUACUCCCCUGACUUCGAAGCCUCAAAGACGAAAGUCUACGGACUCCCCGACAUUGACGAUAAGCCCUUCGAGCUCUUCGUCGGCUGGCUCUACUCCAAAGCCAUCAAAGCCCCGGCAGCCGAAAAGGACGUCGGACCACUGCUUGAUCUGUACCUCUUGGGUAACAAGCUCGAGAUCGAGGCUCUUGGGCAUGAAGUCGUUGAUCUCAUCAGGAAUUUCUUCCACAAUGAGGACACCUUCCCAGGCUUGAGGCGAGUCCAGUAUAUAUACGCCAACACGGACGAGGACAACGAGAUGCGUGAGAUGAUGGUCGGUAGCGUGGCGCGCUAUCUGACGCUGGGCGACGCUAUCCCGAAACAUUGGGAGAACGCGCUGAAGAACAAUGGACAACUGAGCGUCGACAUCAUUCGCACUAUACAGCAGUGGCACCUGGAGGGCCGAAGCGUUCCGGAUGUGAGGGAUCUGAGCCAGGAGCGAGGACGAGAGCAGGUUGGCUUCUCAAAGGUCGAAGAGGGAACAAGUAUUAAAGAAGAAGAAGCAGAGAGCGUAAAUGGAUCGCAUACAUAA